AGACAUAGGUAGAGAUGCGCUCAACUAUUGGUAUGCUAACCUGGCUUCUUUUCGGCUGGAUUCCGACUACCCUUGCUUUAGGUCGCUCAGAUAUUAGACUCCGAGGAGGUGCCGGUUCGGCAGAAGGUCGAGUAGAGAUCAGAUGGAACGGAGUAUGGGGAACUGUAUGUGACGACAACUGGGGGAUGGAAGAGGCAACAGUCGCGUGUAGAAUGCUGGGCUACCAUGAGGCUGAGCAGUUUUAUCAACGUGCUCACUAUGGACAGGGCAGCGGACGUAUCUGGUUGGACGAUGUCAGCUGCAAAGGUACAGAGAGAUCUUUAGAGGAUUGCUCACACAGAGGCUGGGGGGAGGAGAACUGCGAUCACUGGGAAGAUGCCAGUGUGAAAUGCGGGAAAUCAGGUGACCCGGGCAGGUCCGAAAUAGCUAUCAGACUCGUGGGAGGCUCCAGCUCAGCAGAAGGUCGCGUAGAGAAAAAGGACGGAAUAUGGGGUACUGUGUGUAGGGACGGCUGGGGAGUAGAAGAGGCGAGAGUCGCGUGUAGAAUGCUAGGGUUUUUAGAUACAGAGCAAAACUAUCAUAGAACAAAGUUUGGGCCCGGCAAAGGACUUAUUUGGCUUGAUGACGUCGUCUGUAAAGGCACGGAGACCUCCCUGGCAGACUGCAGACACAGUGACUGGGGACAUAUGAACUGCCACCAUUCAGACGACGUUGGUGUGAGGUGUAUCUCGGAAGAGCCAAUAGAGAUACGCCUAAGAGGAGGGUUUUACAGAAGCGAAGGUAGAGUGGAGGUAAGGAGAAGAGGAGGACAGUGGGGGACCGUAUGUGAUGACGGCUGGGGGAUGGAAGAGACAAGAGUUGCAUGCAGAAUGCUGGGCUAUAGGCACUCCGAGACGGCGUCCAUGGACGAAGAUUUUUACCCUAGGGCGCAUCUUGGGGAGGGAACGGGGCCUAUCUGGAUGGACGACUUGGACUGUACGGACCGGGAAAGUUCCCUCACAGAGUGUCGUCACCGAGAUUGGGGUCAAAGCGAUUGUAGCCACAAGGAGGAUGUUGGCAUCAAAUGUGAUGUGCCCUGCCCAGACGUUGUUUAUCAGCGAGAGUGGGGAGGAAGAAGUCCCGAUCUGGAAAGCCGUCAUCAGAUGAGUGGUCCGGGCCCGUACGUCAUCAUUAUCCACACCGGAACACGUGGCUGCAACACCGAGCAAGCCUGUAAAUCUCUCGUGAGAGAGAUCCAGGAUCAUCACAUGGAUAAGAAACACUGGGCGGACAUAGGAUACAACUUUUUGAUCGGCGAGGACGGUAACGUGUAUGCUGGGAGAGGGUAUGGCAAAGUUGGAGCCCACAGUGGGAGCGCAGUUAACCGCAAGUCUUUGGGCAUUGCCGUGAUGGGCGAUUUCAGAGCCAGAGUCCCAAACGCCGCAGCACUAGAUGCAAUUAAAAAUCUCAUCGCCUGUGGAGUGAAAUAUAAAAUGAUACCACGUGACUACAUACUUAAAGGACACCGUGACGUCAUCAGUACACAAUCCCCCGGGGACGCUCUGUACAGAGCCUUGCAGAGUUGGCCACAUUAUGAUGCGCAUCGCUUAGUUAAUACUAAGUGAUGAACAAUAACUUGAACUGAUUCUUUCACAUAAUUAGUUGUAGUCUGAAUUUCCAAAUUUCUAAAAUAAAAAAAAAAUUCUAAAAUUGGUAAAAUAUGAAACUGAAUGUUACUUUAAGCGAUUUUAUAAAAUAACGCGCCGGACAUUUUCUUUCUGAAUUUCCAAAACAAGAAAGGCUUGAUAUAAUGCAGAUAUAGACCAGUCCUUUAAAUUAAGUCAUUUAGCUCUGUUUUAAUAUGUGUGUUUUGUUAGUGCAUAUAGAAUUUAAUUAUCUUAAGUUUAAACUUAUAGGCCCUACAUUUGUGAAAUUUCUCAUGAGUGUACGAUACAAGACAAUUCAAUAAA